GCCGAAUCCACCUGACUUGUGUGAUUAUUAUUGCUAAACAUGUCAGCGUUUUUGCGUCGUUUCGCAUGCCUUUCGUACCAGCACGACGUCAGGAAAUCACCUGAACAAUUAUAAUAGUGUCUUCACGAAUGGAAUGGACAGCAAUGAACUACGAUGGACUUUGACACUAUGGAUGUUGGGGUUUUUCGUUGGACUGCUCUACUUUCUAGACGUCUUCCAAAUAGAAGAAUACUAUACAAUUACAAAUGCACCGGCACCUAAUCACAGGUUUCAGACCAAGGAAUCCUUAAAGGGAUUCCUGGUCAAGACCAAGGGAUGCAGGAUACCUUACAUGGACCCCAUGGACAAGACAAUAAUCAAGUUCAUUGAAAAAUAUGACCCACCUGUUUGCAAUAAAGGUAUACCGGCUUUAUAUGAGUCCAAUUUUACAUCAUUAUUUUUGCUAAAUUCCUCGUUGCCUUUUUACAACGUGACCGAUCCGGGCGAGCUAAAGUGCUGCUACCAGGCCGUAGAGCGCAAAGUGCCCCGCGACGACGAGCGCGACGACAAAUUCAGGGUGAACGCCUCGUGCAUCAGCUUCGGCGAAUCGGUGAACAUCACGGACGAAUACGUAAUGGUAAAAUGUUACGUGAACGAGACGCGGAUCUACAAAGACGUCUUCUGGUUCGUUCCGUCGAAGGUGAACGCCACCCAACGCAGACCCGUCGCACGGCGCCCUUUGAACGUGCUCAUCGUCGGUUUGGACGCGGUCUCCAGGCUGAAUUUGCACAGGCAAAUGCCCAAAACUGUGGGUUACCUCAAGGAGAUCGACGCCGUCGAACUGCUGGGUUAUAACAAGGUCGGCGACAACACGUUCCCGAAUCUCAUCCCGGUGCUGACCGGUUUGUUUGAGGACGAGCUGGGGAGCACGUGCUGGAAGAAGGGCGGUCACUUCGACAACUGCACGUAUCUGUGGGAUUUGUACAAGGAGAAGGGGUUCAUGACGUCGUUCGGUGAGGACGCCGCGUGGAUGGGAAUUUUCAAUUACGUCAGACAGGGAUUCAUUAAUCAGCCCACUGAUUACGCUUACGGGUACUUCAACAAGUUCGCAGAGGGUCAGAUAGGCAAUUCGCACAACCUAAACGUGGACGAAUGCAUUGGUGCUAGGGAUAUUUACAAAGACUUACUGAAGUACAUAACAAGACUUACGUCGAGGUUUCACAUGGAGGACACACCAUACUUUGCCUUCUAUUGGGGUGCUAGUCUGUCGCACGACUAUCUUAAUAAACCUAGCAUAGGCGACCAAAUUUAUUUGGAGUUUUUUAAGGAUCUAAAGAAAAACGGCUACUUGGACAAUACAGCGUUGUUCUUCAUGAGCGACCACGGCAUAAGGUGGGGCGGCAUCCGCCAAACCUUCAUGGGCCGAAUGGAGGAACGACUGCCUUUCUUGUACGUCCGACUGCCGGAUCAAUACAAAAAGGAGUUCGCCCAAGCCUAUAACAACCUAAAGGAAAACGUCCACAGAUUGACCACACCUUUCGACCUGCACGAGACUCUGAAAGACCUCCUCAACCCGUUCGAUCUCACCGACACCGUACUGCACAACAGGAACGACUCCAAUAACAGAGGCAUAAGUUUAUUCAGCGAAAUUCCAGGCGACAGAACGUGCCAGUCGGCAGCCAUCCAGACACAUUGGUGCACCUGCCAGAGCAGUUUAGAGAUCGACAAGAACAGCAGCAUGGUGGUUGAAGCUAGCAGCUACGCGGUUGCUUACAUGAACAAAUUACUGCAAGGCCACGGCGAUUGUGCAGAUUUAGCGCUCGACGAAGUGAUCAACGCCAGAGCCUUGACUCACGGCGAUCAUAUCUCGUUGGAUGAUCACAAAGUGUUCGACUAUAUGAUCACCUUGAAGACCGCACCUGGUGGUGGCGUCUUCGAAACCACCGUGAGGGCGUUAAAGAAUAAGAAAUUUGAAGUAUUGGGAACAAUUAGCAGGCUCAAUUUGUACGGGAAACAGAGUGCUUGCAUUACCGAUUUCCAUUUGAAAUUGUACUGCUAUUGCAAAACGUUUUCGAUUUGGGACAGCGGUAAGAAAUUGGGUUUUCUGUGAAAUUGAAAUUUUGUAAGUCUAUUCAGUCAAUGCUAUUCAAAUAUCUAUCUAUAUUCAUUUUAUUGCUUUAUAAAAUUAUACAACUUUGUCUGUGAAUUUUACAGAAAUACAUAUAACUAAAUUGUUUAAAUGUUUACCUAUAUUAAGGAUUUAGUGGUUGUGUAAUAAUUUACAUCUAAUGUAUACUUUUAAUGGUAUUGCAAAAUCGCAUUCACAAUUACAUCGUCUUUUCCCAACGCUAAAACAAUAAUAAAAUUAAAACAACAUAAAUAAAAUAUUUGAAUUAUAAUAUAUUUUAUAGUUUUUUCUCGAAUUUUUUGAAUAUCAUUGGAUUUAAAAGAAUAGUACAUAUUCCCUUAUUUUCCUUCAAUUUAAAACGCUUUAAAAUCAUUUAUCAUUAAACCAUAUCAUAUAAAUAUAUUAUGUUUAUAUCAGUGUUAUUUAUAUACAAGUUUUAUUUAUUAUAUGUUGUUAAUGUUAUAAAAACUGUUUCUGCAAAAUAUAUAUUACAAGCUUUAGUAUUAAUUUAUAUAAAUAACUUUUAAGAAUUUCUCAUGAAUCUUCUGUUUAAUUUUAGUACAGUAAAUCUAUUCAGUGCCAUUUUUAAAUAAAAUUUGAGCACUUGUGCCAACAAAAUUUGUUUUAGAAUUACUAUACUGAACUUAAUCAAUCAACGGGAUUUUGAGAACUUUAGAACAAUUUAACCGAUGCUAUAUAAAUUUGAAAUACCCAAACUUUGUAACCAGUGCUCUAUUUAAAGUUGACAUGUUACCCAAAAAUCCUAGUGAUAUUGCUUGGUUUAUAAAAUGGAAGAACUUUGAAUGUCGCAAUUCAGUUCUUCAAUUUUAGAAGUCGGCGGUUAUUGAAUUUCUACAAACGGAAACGUUUUCUAUUCUAAAUAAUUAUCCUAGAAAAUGUUUAGUAUAAUUUGUUUAGGUUUUAGGAGAAUCAAAAUGUGAUAAUUACGAUAUGUUAAGCUUUAUGUAUCUACAACAUAUUCUAAAGUAUUAAAACGUUGUUUUAUAAAAAGCUUUUAAUUAAAUACUACAAGAAA